AUGUAUCAAGUACCAAAUUACACCCAGACUGUGUCAAUGAAGCUAUCAGAGGUUCUGGCCGAUAUAGGUGUUGAUGAGAGAAUAGUGAUGAAAAAGAGAAGAAAAUGGCUUCUGAUGGAAUCAAUGAUAAAUAUAAAUGACCAACUACUUGGUGUUAUUGAUAAAUUAACAUUUUUUUUUGGAAGUCAAUCAGAAUGUACAACAACAGAUGGAAUGGGUUCAGACCUAGAUCAACUUGUAUGCAGUAAAGGAUACCCUGUGAUACAAGACUGGAGUGACUGGUUACCUGGUUUAAAUAAUUUUUUGAUGAUUCAAGAUAAUUCUGUAUCUCCUGGAUAUUGUUUACUUCAAUUUCUGAGGUCUGAUGCUCCUCUUCCUGUUGAUGGUGAAGCUAACCAAUGCUUCUUCAUGGACAGAACAGGAAAGUUACUUUUAAAGAAUUCUUUGGUAUCUAUCACAAACAGGAACGGUUUAGAAUUACAUGGGCCAGCACAAGCCAGAAAAGGACAACGAGGCUACCCUGAUAUAGAUCAUGUGUUUGCUCUAUAUUGUACAACAUGGCCGCAACAAGCUAGACGAUGGUUGGAUCAACAAGGUGAAGGUCAGUGGCCGUAUUCUGAAAUGAAACAAUAUUGCAGCAGAACUGGAUGCUUUGUUGUUGGUGUUGGAUGUAGUGGCAGUGAACAUGAGCAAUUUGAAUGGAGAAUAUCAACAUCUUUCGCUGAAAGGUGUUUAAUGUUCAACCUGAAUAUUACACAGAUUCGCUGUUAUGUCUUGAUGAAAAUCAUUUUAAAAACAUUUAUUAAUCCAUUGUUUAAAGAUGUUAUUACAAGUUUCAUGUGUAAAACUGUACUCUUCCACUGUAUUUCCAAAACAUGUUCUAACAUCUGGAGAGAAAAUAACUUACUUUCUUGUCUAUCACUGUGUUUAUAUCUCCUGUACAAUAAUAUCAUUAAUGAACAUUGUCCACAUUUUAUCAUACCAGGGAACAAUUUAAUGAGGGGAAAGAUUUCACCUGCAGUCAAACCAUAUAUCCUGGAAAUACUCAACAAUAUCAUCUACAGUGAAGGAGUGGCACUUCUAGGGAUUAAUUGUGAUCAUCUUGGUUUCAGGCUUCAUGACAAGUUUUAUAACUUCUGUCUAAUUAAGACAAGUGAUUUUAUUUCAGGAUUUCUAUAUUUUAGUAUGGCUUCAGAAAUAUCUAAGAAACUGAUGAAUACUUAUAAUCAUCUUAAGGACAGUUGUCCUAAUGAAGCUGUUGAAAUAUUAAAGAACAUUUUAUCAAAGUCAGUUAACUGUAAAUAUGAAGGUAUAGAUAAGACAGCCAGUCAUCUUCUGUUACCAUGGUAUUGUACAACACUUGGAUCUGUACUGGCUUCACUCAACAUUUAUCAGUACAACACUGUAUCAGCAGAUGCCCUCAAACUCAUCUCACUUGGUCUGAAUACAGAUGUUGCAUCAAGUAAACUGAAACUAGCCUCAAUCUUAUACUGCGUUCAAGAAAUACAAAAAACUGACCUGGUUCUCAGUGAGAUUGAAAAAAGAUAUGAUCUACACAUUGUUGAGCCUAUCUGUUGUUGUAAUGAAAAUGAGAAUGAACUGCCAAGACAAGGAUUCUUUGAAUUAUGUGACAAUCAUAAUGAAGAAGUCAUACGAUAUACAACAGCAUCAUGUGUUACAUUUCUGCCAUGUGAACUUCACUGUGUACCAGCAGAACUCAGAUAUGAAAUGUUUAGAUCUACACAAGAGGACAGAAAGGUUCGCACUAGACAAGACAACAAAUGGAUGGAUUUUGCUGUGGUAGAUUUCCCUCCCUUACCUCUACUUUCUACAAUACAAGAUUAA